AUGAGUUCAAUGACAAACAAUCCUGUAGAAUUAUCUUCGUUUUAUUCUCAUCUUUCAAUGAUGCCUUCAUUAAUAAACAAUGCUCCUAAAAUGCCAACGAAUAUGUAUCGACCAAAUUCAUGGAUGGAUCCAACAAUGCAACCAUUUUUCUAUUAUAAUUUAGCACUUAAUGAUCCCAAUCAUAAACGAAAAAAUGCGACUCGUGAAACAACAGCAACACUUAAAGCAUGGCUUUAUGAACAUCGAAAAAAUCCAUAUCCAACAAAGAAUGAAAAAAUGGUUUUAGCUAUGGUUACAAAAAUGACAUUAACACAAGUAUCAACAUGGUUUGCUAAUGCUCGUAGACGAUUAAAAAAAGAAAAUAAACUUCAUCGAACAACAAAUAAUAGUAAAAGUGAAGAAGAAGAAGAGGAAGAUGAUGAUGAUGACGAUGACGAUGAUGAUCAUGAUGAUGAUGAGAAUGAUAAUGAAUCUCAUGUUGUUAUUCAACAAGAACAGAAUAUUCAAAAUAAAAAUUCAAAUAAUUUAAAACGUAAACGUGAUGAUAAUGAUAAUGAUACAAAUUCAUUUCAACCACCACCAACAAAUCGUCCGAAAAUUUGGUCUAUUGUUGAUGUUGUUCAAUCGAAUGAAACUAAACGAACGAAUCCAUCAUCAUCAUCAUCACCACAUAUAAUACAUCCAUAUAUUACACCUUCUAUACCAUAUUUAUUAUAUCCACCACCAUCAACAAGUUCACCAUCACAUUCAUCUGAUCAUUCAACACAUUCAAAUUCAUUAUCAUCUCCUAAUUCAUCUUCAACUAGUUGUUCACCGACGAAAUAA